UUUGUGGAAUAGAGGUGGAAAUAGAAUAACGCGGGAGGCUGUAGUUCGGUUUGCUAAGUAGUUUGUUUAAAAAUUGUUUAAAUUUGUAAACGAUUUAAUAUUUAUAUCACGGUGUCGGUAUCUAGAGAUGUCUCAGAAUAAAAGAGCCGCGUCUCAGAACAGGAGGUCUCAGGUGGUGUUAGAUGAGGAUGAUGAAGGGUCACUCACUCAGCCCAGUGUGUCUCAGGUACAUAAAGCCAGAGAGAACUUCACACCUGUACAGGUGGACCGCAAGGUUGCUGAAGUUGUGCAGUUUAUUCUGAUUAAAGACCAGAAGAAAGUUCCGGUCCGCAGAGCAGACAUUGUUAAACACGUGAUAAAGGAGUACCGGAUUCUGUACCAGGACAUCAUGAAGCGAGCAGACCGGACGUUUGAGCAGGUGUUUGGUCUAAAGCUGGUGGAGAUCGACUCCAAGAAUCACGUAUACAUCCUGACUAACAGACUGGAGCAGUCACGUGACGAACCAAACGGCAUGUGUCCAGGAAACACAAAGACUGGACUACUGUUUGUGAUCCUCAGCGUUAUUUUCAUGAAGGGAGGAAGUGUUAAAGAGACUCUAGUGUGGAACACGCUGAAGAAACUCAGAGUGGACGCUGGGGAGAAACACGAAGAGUUUGGGGAUGUGAAGAAGCUCAUCACUGACGAGUUUGUGCGACAAAAGUAUCUGGAGUAUGUUCGUAUUCCUCACACUGAGCCUCUGGAGUAUGAGUUCCGUUGGGGACAGAGGGCCGUGAGUGAAGUGUCCAAACUGAAAAUGCUGCAGUUUAUUGCAGAGCUACAUGAUCAGGAACCUCAGUCAUGGACACUCCAGUACAGAGAGGCUACGAGUACAGAGAAUAACCUGAGAUAACACAACAGGAGUAUGUGUUUGUGUAUGUGUGUGUGUGAGGUUGUGUUUGAGGGGGUGUGUCUGUUUGAGGGUGUCUGUGUGAGGGUGUGUGUGUGUGUGUGAGAGGUUGUGUUUGAGACAUUGUGUUUGAGGGUGUGUGUGUGUGAGAGGUUGUGUGAGGGGGUGUGUCUUUGUGAGGGUGUGUGUCUGUUUGUG